CUACCCACGCUUGCACACGCUUCAACAUUUGACAGUUUGACGCUGUUUGAUACUGAAGUGUUUUAUUGAGUUUUAUCAAAAAUGGUCAUUUUUUGAAUUUUGCAUCGAUAGCAAGCAAUAGUUGGCUUUAAUCUCGCGUGUACAUAGGUAAUAGCACUGAACUGAUCAAUACUUAAAAAAAUGCAGGAAAAGGACACGCAAGAAGAGAACACAGAGUUUCUGCAUAAUGUGUACAAGAAUGACCCAAUCCUAUUUGUUAAUUAUGUUGGAAAGGAGGUCAAGAUAAUCACGAAAGAUGAAAAUAUUCACUCUGGCAUUGUAUACACAAUCGACCCAGUAUCGGACAGUAUUGUGCUCUUGCAUACGACAAAAUCCACAAAAUAUAGCUUGAAAAUUAUAUUUGGUCAUGCUGUCAAAAAUAUAAAUGUAAUAGCAGAAACAACAACAAUCAUACCAGAGUUAUUUCUGCAGAACUUGCCAUGCAAAGAACUUUCACAAGAACUAAUUGCUAAGAGAAAAGAUAUUGUUGUGAAAGUAUUAUCAGACAGUCGAUUUCCAGUUUCAGAAAAAAAUAACACCCUAUUAAUUGAAGAUAUCAUGGUAAUAGAACCUCCAUAUUAUCCUGAAAAUUGUAAAUGUAACAAUAGCAUUGUUCUUAGUAGAAUACAGAAUAUU